UUUCGAUUCGCCGAAGUACAGCGUCACGGGGUCGGCGCCGAACGAAUAUGGGCAAUCCGAGGAGACCGCGUAUAUGAUAUAACAGAAUGGAUACCAAGCCACCCCGGAGGUGAAGUAAUUUUACGAGCAGCGGGUGGACUGAUUGAUCCAUAUUGGAAAAUUUUCACGAUCCAUCAAAAGCAAGACGUGUACGACAUCCUCGAGCAAUACUUUAUAGGUGUCGUGGAUCCUCGAGAUCUUGUCGAUGGCCAUGUGCCAGCGGACCGCGUCGAAGAUCCUUUCAAAAAUGACCCGCACCGAGAUCCGCGGCUCAGUCCGCACAGCGACCGUCCCUGCAACUCUGAAACGCCAGCCAGCGAGCUGGUAACAUUCAUUACACCCAAUUCGGUUUUCUACGUACGCAACCACCUCUGGGUCCCUCCUGAUGACGGCGACUCCCACAAAAUAACAGUUGAGCUUUACGACGGUACGACCAAAGACUAUACCCUGGAAGAUUUGCGCAAAACAUUCCAGUCCCACAAAAUCACUGCUACUCUCCAAUGCUCCGGAAACCGUCGCAAGCACAUGACGCUUGGCGCUCGCUCCACCAACGGCUUGCAAUGGGACGUUGGCGCCAUCGGAACCGCCGAAUGGACAGGAGUCAGACUUCGAGACGUCCUCAGGGACGCUGGCCUUGAUGUUGAAGACCUCCCGGAAGAUACGAAGCAUGCCCAAUUUGUGGGUGAAGAAGCAUAUGGCGCAUCUAUCCCUAUUGAAAAAGCCGUGGACAAGAGGGGCGACGUGUUACUCGCGUACGAAAUGAAUGGAGAGCCUCUUCCGCGCGACCAUGGUGCGCCAGUGCGAGUGAUCGUUCCAGGUCAUGUCGCGGCACGGAGUGUUAAAUGGGUCAACAAGAUUAUCAUGUCCGACGAAGAAUCCACCUCGCAAUGGCAGCGCCGAGAUUAUAAAUGUUUUGGUCCUAACGAGGGUUCCAAGCCGGACUGGGAAAAGGCACGUAGUAUUCAAGAAAUGCCCGUUCAAUCAGCUAUUACCUCUGUGAAGGAGUUCUCCAGCCAUGAGCCGGAAGCAAGAAGUCUGAUUCGGGUAUAUGGCCUAGAGGAAGACUCUAUUGCCCUUCAGGGCUAUGCUUUCUCUGGUGGAGGAAGAGAAAUUAUCCGUGUGGAUGUCAGUGCAGACAACGGGCAUACAUGGCAUCAGGCAGAGCUCACGAACUCUGAUGCCAAAGGUCACAAGUCCUGGGCAUGGAAACAAUGGACACUCGUCAUGCCAAAACGCUUGGCGGGAAGAUGGUUCAUCGUCAAGGCAAUUGAUGAGGCGUACAAUUGUCAACCAGAUUCAUAUGAUCCGACAUAUAAUUUCCGUGGAAAUCUCACAACCGCAUGGCAUCGG